AAAAAUACAUUCUUAAAUGUGUAUUCAAGAAGACAUUCAUCAAAAUAUAUUACGAAUAUUUCACUAAAUUUGAUUUAUAUGUAUAUUUAGUAAGAUAUUCUUAAAUAUGUUCAAAAUCUUGCUAAAAUAUUCUUGAAAGACUUUUCUGAAUAUUAUAUCUCAAUUUUUUAUAAAAAUAUUAUACAUAUUUUAAAGAACAUUCAUAAAUUUUAAAAUAUGUUAUAUAUUGAGUAAUAUUUUCUUAAAUAUGUAUAUAAAUCAAAUUCAAAAAGAUGUCAGCUACAUUUAAGAAAAACUUUCUAGAUAUUCGUCUGAGUUAUAUUUAAGAAGUUUAUUUACACAUUUAUGAAAGCAUUCAGGAAUUGGGAAAGUAAUUUUACAACGUUAAGAAGAUAUCAUACACAUUUAGAAAAGUCUUUGUAAUUUAUUUUAAAGAUUUUUAUUCUAAAAGAAAAUUUUCCCAAAAGAAGAUUGAAUUUUUUUUGAGAAAAAGUUCUUUUGUUUUUUUGAAAAUUUAUUUAUUUAUAAAUAUUUAAUAAAUAAUUACUUCAAAUUAUAAACAAAAUAGAUUGCCACUUACAACUUUAAUGAAACCUUUUUUGGUCACUAUAACUUUAAAUAGCUAUUUAGAGGACAAAAGCUUAAAAAGCUAUUAGUGAGUUUUGGGCUUAAGAAUAAGGAAAAAGUAAAAUUGCUAUAAAUCAAUAAUUUAAAGAUGAGAACAACUAUCAUUUAUAAAGUAUCAACAAAUAGAUAAUCAAUAACUAUUUAUUUAUGGAGAUUUUGUUCAUAUUCUUCAAAAGUAUCUUUCAAUUGAUCUACAUAACAAAAUUUUAGAUUAAUUUAUUUCAUAAAUUAUUAUGUAUAGAUUUGAAAUUCUGAUUACUAAUAUUGAUAUCAUUCGUAAAAUAUAUUUAAUGGAUUUUUGGAUUAUUCAUAUAAAAUGAUAUAUAUUAGAUGCUCAAGUUUAUAAGAAAUUAUACUAUUAAUAUCAAUGAUGAAGUAAAAUAAAUAGUACAAAAAUGUAGAGUUAUUCAUAACAAGUAAUUAUUCCAUCUUGAACUCUUCAAAAUUUAAAAUACAUAUAAAAACACAGGAAAUAAAAUCUAUAAUAUUAUUUGAGACGUUAAUUUGCUUAUUUGUCAGGUUCUCCAUAAUUUUAGGCUGAUUCAUUAGUUUUACUAAACAACUAGAGCUUGACCGUGAAUCCGCACGGAUGUUAUUUUUAUAGAAUAAAGAUAUGAAUCUUUUUACAACAAAAACAUGUAUUUAUUGCAAACACAUAAGUUCGUACGGGUGUUUGUUCAAUUUGUAAUAUAUAAUAUUUAUGAUAAAUUGACGGUUAUUAUAAAAAUUGGUUAGAAAAUAAUCCGAUUAGAGAAUAAUUGUAAGUUUGGUUAGAGAAUAUUCUAGCAAAAUGAAGAAUUUGUGAUUAAUUAAGAGAGAUAUACUUUUUGGAUUAGACAUGUUUUAUAUGAAUUGCAGAUGGAUCAUUAAUUACUAAACGGAUGAGCAAUAUAGAUGGGUCGUAAAAAAUAGAUUAAAAGUGUAGAUAUUCUUGCAAUACCAGAAUAAGUAUAAGGUCAUAUUUCAUUUUUUAAAAUAAACAAAAUUAUAAGCAUAUUGGUAUAUAUAGUAUUCAAUCAACGAGUAUGUUUAGAUUUAUAUUAUUAAAAAUGAUAUAAAUGCAGUGGUAAAAACUGUAAUUUAUAAGAUGAAGUAAAGGAUUUUUUUCAAAAGAUAAUUCAGAUUUAAUAAUAUAGAUUUCUAAAACAUGAUAUUGAUAAACAUGUCACAACAUUGAUAAACUAUUAUGCAUUACAAAAUGACAAUGAAUACAAUACAAACAUUCUUGGCCCUCAUCCCCUCUCUUCCUAGUAAAAGAUAUAUUUAACCUUUAAUAUAUCUUAAAUAUACGGAGAAUCUUAUAAUUCACGAAUGAAAGAUUACAAAGAUAUGAAAAAAAAAUAUUAAAUAAUUUUUAAUGGAUGGUUCAACUUAAAAAAUCAUACAUGAAUAUUUUCGAUGCAAUUCUAAUUCAUUUCAUUCGAUUGUAUCGUGUUUGAAUUAUAUCUACCAUGAAUAUUUUUAUACGAAAGUACAUGUUAUUGGUUAUAGACUAUGUCAAUUUUGGAACAUAUCCAAUAAUAUUGAUGCCCAACCAUUUUUAUUGGUAUUAUUAAAGAAUGGUUCAAUAAUUAUGUAUGCAAAAUAAAUUCAGCAUAUUUGUUUUAAAUUUAUUUAUUUUUCUUUAUAUUAGUAGAAUAAAGUAAGUAUAGAUAAAAUAUUUGGAUCCGAAAAAUCGAUCGGAACUUGAUUUGAAAGUAAUACUAAACACAAACUAAAAAUGGUUAAGUACUCGAAUGGAUCUAAAAAUUUAAUAUAUGGAUAAUCAAACCUAAAUCCGAUCCAAACUGAAAUAUUUUAGAUACCAAAAAUAUCUAAAAUAUAAUUUUAUACUUAAAUAUUUUAAUUAUUUUAAAUUUUAUAUAUAUUAGAUAUUUAAUAAUAUAAAAUAUCUAAACUAACAAAACAUGUUCAAAAUACUGAAAAUAUAUAUUUUUCUCCAUCUAAACAUUUAAACUGAACUAUUUUUUAUGUAAAUUUAAGUAUUUAGUCUUCCAUUAUUCAUUUUUUCAUUAUUAAAAUUCUCAUGUUUUAUAUUAUUUUUAUUUUUUUGAUUUUCAUGAUUAAAUAAAUUUGGAUUUUUGUUGAAAAUUUAUUACAUAAUUAAAAUGGAUACCCGAACUCGAACCCGAACAUACAAUGUUUCGAACCAAAUCCAAACCAAAAUAAACCAAAAUUUGUAAAUAUCCGAAUCAUAUUUAAAUUUCUAACUAUAAAAAUCGAAAAUCCAAAUAGAUCAACUGAAUCUGAACGGAUAUAUGAAUAUCGAUCCCUUGAAAAGCUAUAAGAUAAAUCUCUUAUUACAACAUAAAUAAAUAUUUUAACAAAUUAUUUCACUUCGUCCACGGCAUGCUACACAGUACACUGUUAUUAAAACAAAAAUAUGAAAACUUUAGUGCCCUUCUGACAAAAAAUGAAAAUAUUUACUACCCAUAUUAGAAUCUUCAUCGAUCAGAGAAGCCGAACAUACACUGCUCCUGAAUUUUUCCAAAUAAAUGAGGAUUCCUUUGUUCCACCUUUCCCAUGCGUCUGUCUGUUCAAUGUUCUUGCCCAUAGUAUUUAAAUAUCAUAUUUUUAUUGGAAAAAAAAAAAAAACAGAAAACAAAAUAGACACCCAAUGCCUUUAUGUGUCUCCUACUUCAUGAAUUAUUUUCUAAACAACCCAUAAAACUCAACCUCUCCCAUGUGCCCUCACAUGCUUUCCAAUGAAUUACCAGUCAAUUAAUUUCUGUUCUUUCAAGUUCCAUUGAGCGUUGUUUACAACAAAAAUAAGACGCCCACUUUUGAUAACACGUUCACUAUGGAUCUCCGCAAAAGUAGAGCAACAACAACCACCGUUACUCUCUCAUGUCUUCUCCUCGUUUCUUCAUUCUACACUCUCUCCACCGCAACAUCAGCCACAAAUCCACCCUCGUACCAACUAUUUCUAUUUGUAGGAUUCGUUCUAGCCGCAGCUUUGUCGCUUCUGAUACUUGUCACUGCUGCACGAGCCACCAUGGUCGCGUGGAUAACAGUGAUCGUCUUGCUGGCCUUCUCGGGUACACGCCGCCGUGUUCUGGCGAAGCAGGGAAAGAUGAUAACGACGGACGUGGCUAUGUGCUUGGUCAGGGUUCUGAUUAGUGAGGCAGAUCCUCGUGGUUAGUCUGAUGGGGUUAGUACGAUGUUAAAGAGUAUUUACUAUAUACAUAUUAUCCAUGUAUAUAACUUCAACUUAUUCGUUUUGCGAAUGAUUUUCGGUUUUUUUUUAUUAUAUAAUCAAAUGUAAGUUUCGAGUAUCUAUAUAUCUGUGUAUGUGGAAUUCUUCAAAUGUUCAUUAAAUGCUAGUCAAGUUAUGAGACAAAAUUCAGUUCAAAACAAAAAGUUAUGAGACAAAUUUUUGGUGAACAGUUACAAAAUAAGAAUAAAAUUGGGAAAAUUGUUUUUUUGGGCCAAAAAAUGAUAACUAUGCAGUAUGUCUUAU